AUGUAUUUAUUUAUUUAUUUAAUGUUUUUUAUUUAUUUUAUUUGGUUUAAUAUGUUAAUAUUUUAAUUUUAUUUAUUAAUUUAUUUGUUUAUUUUAAUAUCAAUUUUUUAAAAUUAUUUCGCUAAUUAGGUUAAUAUAAUAUUUUAAAUAGUAAAACUACCUAUUUUUAAAAAAAUAUUUUUAUAUAUUAAUUAGAUAAAGAAUUUUCUGUUUAUUGAUUUGGAGCUUAGGGGGACUUGUAUUCUUGGAGAGCGUUCUAACUGCGUGAAUUAAGUUCUUGGCAUCUGGAAGAUUUCAAGCUGCGAAGUUGAGCUUUGUCAAGAACGGUGUCUGGUAGUAACAGCAUCACCUCACAUAUUCCACUCUAGCUUGAAAAAAAGCACAUUUCUAGACUCCUCUAUGUGGGAGAUAGAAAGUUUAGAAGGAGUGCCAGCUAGAGCCCUAGAGAAGAAAGACUUCAGAAGACAAACCUUAACUUGUCUGUGA